AUGUGGUUUCGACGGACUGGAAUAGUGAGUAAAUUAGAAGGAGGGUUUCCAGAUUUUUUGUAUAUACGGACUUUAAAGGGAUGCUGGGAUUUUUGUACAUGCCAGACUUUUAAAGCAAGAAGCACAAAAAGAAUUAGAAAAAAUAUUCGGGAUGCAAAGGAAAACGUUAAAAAUAUCAAAAAUCCAUAUGAACCUUUAACUACAUUACCCCUUCAAGACACUCAAUCAACAAUCAUGCAAUCUUAUUCACGAAAUGACUAUAUUCAUCCUUUACCAUCCGUUUUACAAUCAAUACAAACCUCCAUUGAUUCUUCUUAUAUAUUAUCUCCUACAAAUUUACCAAUUUCAUUUCCUAGUACCGUACCGUACUAUUCAAAUUCUACGGUACCGUCAAACAAUUGUCCACCUGAUCAAAACCCAUAUUCUCUUUCACCUGCAUACCUUUUUAAUUCUAGCUCAUUUGCCACAUCUCAUAAUAGCAGUAUAACUGCGUCCAGUACUUUGAAUUUCUCAAGUUAG